AUGGCUGCAGCGUCCAAAAACAUAGAGAAGAAACCCAUCAGUUUCGCCAACAUCCUUUUGGGUGCCGGGUUGAACAUGUCUGAAGUAACCACUUUGGGCCAGCCUCUAGAAGUGAUCAAGACCACCAUGGCAGCCAACAGAUCGUUGACGAUGGCCCAGGCUGCGAGAUUGAUCUGGAGCCGUGGCGGCAUACUAGGCUUCUACCAAGGGUUGAUCCCUUGGGCCUGGAUCGAAGCCAGUACCAAAGGUGCCGUGUUGCUUUUCGUUUCAGCGGAGGCAGAAUACCAAUUUAAGAAGGUGGGAGCUAGCAAUUUCGUUAGUGGAAUGGGUGGUGGUGUCAUGGGAGGCUUGGCUCAGGCCUACUUGACGAUGGGGUUUUGCACCUGCAUGAAGACUGUGGAAAUCACGAGGGCCAAACAGGCUGCCGUGAGUGGAGCACCUCAACAAACGAGUUUCCAGGUGUUUAAGGAAAUCUGGCGGAAAGAAGGGUUGAGAGGGAUCAAUAAGGGUGUCAAUGCCGUUGCAAUUCGUCAAAUGACCAAUUGGGGUUCCCGAUUUGGCUUCUCUAGAUUAGCCGAGGAUUGGAUCAGAAAAUUCACGGGCAAAACCAACAAGGACCAGAAAUUGUCAAAUGUUGAGAAAAUCGCUAGUAGUGUUAUUGGUGGUGGGUUAAGUGCAUGGAACCAGCCAAUUGAAGUCAUUAGAGUCGAAAUGCAAAGUAAGACAAACGAUCCAAAUAGACCAAAGAAUUUGAGUGUUUGGGGAGCUGCCAAAUACGUUUACCAAAAUAACGGUAUCAAAGGGUUGUACAGAGGUGUUACACCAAGAAUCGGACUCGGAGUUUGGCAAACCGUCUUUAUGGUUGCAUUUGGUGACAUUUUCAAAAAGAUGUUAAACACGGAUGGUUCACAUUGA